AUGGGCGCCCUCUACUAUCUUCUGCACCCCAACCAGCUGCGUUCCAUGAUUCAAUGGAAGCUGUGGCACAAUCCCGUACACACGCGCAAUCCGGCGACAGAGUCGGAGACGCUCUCGGAAUGCUUUCGCUUUCUGAACCUGACGAGCCGAAGUUUCUCCACCGUCAUUCAAGAGCUCGACCACGAGCUGCUUGUCCCCAUCACCCUCUUCUACCUCGUCCUGCGAGGCCUCGACACCAUCGAGGAUGACAUGACCAUCCCCCUCGACAAGAAGGUUCCUCUCUUGCGCAAUUUCCACAACACCAUGGAGAUCGAUGGCUGGCAGUUCCACGAGAGCAAGGAAAAGGACCGAGAGCUGCUGGAAAAGUUUGACGUCGUCAUCGCCGAGCUCAAGAAGAUCAAGGAACCCUACUACGAGAUCAUCAAGGACAUGACCGUCAAGAUGGGCAACGGCAUGGCCGAUUACGCGCAAAACAGCGAAAUGAUCAAGAAUGGCGUUCAGACGAUCGAGGAAUACGAGCUCUACUGCCACUAUGUCGCCGGACUCGUCGGCGCCGGGUUGACCCGCCUGUUCGUCACGUCCGAGCUCGGCAACCCCAAGCUGGCCGAGCGACCGUCCUUGACCGAGUCGAUGGGCCAGUUCCUUCAAAAGACGAAUAUCAUCCGUGAUAUUCACGAGGACUGGCAAGACGGCAGACGGUGGUACCCCAAGGAGAUCUGGAGCAAGCACGUCGACCGGUGGGAGGACUUGUUCGACGCCCAACACCGCGAGCAGGCCAUCCACUGCAUUUCCGCCAUGGUGCUCGAUGCCCUCAAGCACGUCGAGGAGUGCCUCUUCUACAUGGCAGGAAUGCGGGAGCAGAGCGUCUUCAACUUUGUCGCCAUCCCGCAAGGCAUGGCCAUUGCCACCCUCGAGCUUGUUUUCCGGAAUCCCGACGUGCUGCAGAAGAACAUCAAAAUCACAAAGGGAGAUGCCUGCCAGAUCAUGCUCGAGUGCACCCAGAACCUGCACACCGUCUGCGAAGUCUUCCGAAGAUAUGCCCGACGCAUUCAAGCGAAGAAUGAUCCGCGAGAUCCCAACUACCUCGCCAUCAGCGUCCGAUGCGCCAAGAUUGAGCAGUUCAUCGAGACCCUCUACCCGCGGCAAAUCCCCGAGAAGCUCGCAGUCGAGAAUGCGCAAAGGCAAGCCAAGGGUUCGGCAGCGGAUCCUGGCGAGAGCCUCGUCAUGUUUGGCAUCGUCGCCCUUUCUCUAUUCUUUGUGUCGGGUAUCAUGCUUGGAGCGGCUUGGUUGAUGGGUGCAAGAUUUCCCAUCGUUUCCGACAUGGUCGAGCAUCUUGGUUCCCUGCUUCCUGGCAGCAAGCCUUCCAUUACCGGACGAAACGAGCUGUGA